GGUUUGGUCCUAAAAAGACAAAAAGAUGGGGAAAAGAAAGCUUGGGAAGUGUCCUAGGUCCCUAGAUAAAAAAUUAGUAAAUAGACCUCCCAAAUGCAAAUUCAGCUAUACUCUUUCCCUCUGUCUUUGCUUUCAGACCUGUCCGGAAUUCCUAUUUUGUCAAACAGUUGUCAAAGGCAUUUUGAGGAUGUGAUGAUCACAUUAAAUGAAAAUGUUGCCUCAGGCUUUUCUCUUUCACUUUGUCUAGUUUGAGGUGCCUGAGUACUAUUCUCAUUUAUUCAUCCCCAACUGACUGCUGUGUGCUACCAGUUGUAGCCACUGAGAUACAGAAAACGGAGAAAAAUCCCCAUCGUGGGAUUCACCUUUUAGUGGGGGAGAUUGACCUAAUAGGUAAAUUAUAUGGCAUAUUAAUGGUUAAGUGCUAUGGGAAAAAAAUAAAGUAGGGUAAGUAGUUUUAGUGAUUAGGAAGGAAGACUUCACUGAAAUGGUAUUUGAAAAGUCCUGAUGGUUGUCAGGGAACAAGCCAAUCCGAAGAUACUGGCCCAGCACAUAAUAACUGGUCAGUAAAAGCUUGCUGACUGACUGUACGUGGAGGAGUCAAUCAAUCCAGUGCUGAACACAGGAGUAAGAUACAAAGUUCGUGUUUAGGUCUUUGACCUAACUUCUUGGAAGUAAAUCAUUUGUUACACACUAGGCAGUGGAUCCCCCAUCCACAGCCUCUUUUGCGUAUCUGUUAACCCGGGGCUCCGGGAAUGGGGUACAUUUCCGACUACUCUCUGCAGCCUCAUUGGACUCGGUCCUGUCCUUUGGACAGUUAUGUCAUGCUGCCACCUGCCUCCGACAAGCGGGGAAAGUGUGCAAGCCGAGGCAAAAUCCCUCUUCCCAAAUGCCUGUUCGGUAGGAAAGACGCCCCGAGCCCAAGUGGCUGCGCUAAACAGAUAACACAACUACGGCCCGGCCCUCCUCUGUCCACUUUCAUUAGCGGGAGGCCCUCUUUCUCCUCUCUAGCGGCCAGAGCGCCUUUCCUGCCCUCCCGGAACUAUGCGACUGCAGCACGGUUCCCGGUCGGCCCAGUUGGCAGCCGGAAGCGGAAGUGCGCCCGGGAGAAGUCCGAGUGGUAGAUGCGGUGGCGGAGAGAGCCAUGGAGCACGUGACGGAGGGUUCCUGGGAGUCGCUACCCGUGCCGCUGCACCCGCGGGUGUUGGAUGUGCUGCAGGAGCUGGGUUUUCCGUACAUGACGCCGGUGCAGUCCGCAACCAUCCCUCUGUUCAUGAAAAACAAAGAUGUUGCCGCUGAAGCGGUCACAGGCAGUGGCAAAACACUUGCUUUCGUCAUCCCCAUCCUGGAGAUUCUCCUGAGAAGGGAGGAGAAGUUAAAAAAGAGUCAGGUUGGCGCCAUAAUCAUCACACCCACACGAGAGCUGGCUGUUCAGAUAGAUGAGGUCCUGUCGCAUUUCACGAAGCCCUUCCCACAGUUCAGCCAGAUUCUCUGGAUUGGAGGCAGGAAUCCUGGAGAAGAUGUCGCCAGGUUUAAGGAACACGGUGGGAACAUCAUCGUGGCAACCCCAGGCCGCCUGGAGGACAUGUUCCGAAGGAAGGCCGAGGGCCUGGACCUGGCCAGCUGUGUAAAGUCCCUGGAUGUGCUGGUGUUGGACGAAGCGGACAGACUUCUGGACAUGGGGUUUGAGGCGAGCAUAAACACCAUCUUGGAGUUUUUGCCGAAGCAGAGGAGAACAGGCCUUUUCUCGGCCACUCAGACGCAGGAAGUGGAGAACCUGGUGCGAGCAGGCCUCCGGAACCCUGUGCGCAUCUCGGUGAAGGAGAAGGGGGCAGCAGCCAGCAGCACACAGAAGACCCCUUCCCGCCUAGAGAACUACUACAUGGUGUGUAAGGCAGACGAGAAGUUUAAUCAGCUGGUCCAUUUUCUUCGAAAUCACAAGCAGGAGAAACACCUGGUCUUCUUCAGCACCUGUGCCUGUGUGGAAUACUACGGAAAAGCCCUGGAGGCCCUGGUGAGGAGUGUGAAGAUAAUGUGCAUCCACGGGAAGAUGAAAUACAAGCGCAAUAAGAUCUUCAUGGAGUUUCGCCAGCUGCAGAGUGGGAUUUUAGUGUGUACUGACGUGAUGGCCCGAGGAAUAGAUAUUCCAGAAGUGAACUGGGUUUUGCAGUACGACCCUCCCAGCAGUGCAAGUGCCUUCGUGCAUCGCUGUGGCCGCACAGCCCGCAUCGGCCACGGUGGCAGUGCGCUCGUGUUCCUCCUUCCCAUGGAAGAGUCCUAUGUCAAUUUUCUUGCAAUUAACCAAAAAUGCCCCCUGCAGGCGAUGAAACUCCAGAAAAACACAGUAGAUCUCCUUCCAAAGCUCAAAUCCAUGGCCCUGGCCGACAGAGCCGUGUUUGAAAAGGGCAUGAAAGCUUUUGUGUCAUACGUCCAGGCUUAUGCGAAGCAUGAAUGCAACCUCAUCUUCAGAUUAAAGGAUCUUGAUUUUGCUAGUAUUGCUCGAGGUUUUGCCUUGCUGAGGAUGCCCAAGAUGCCAGAGCUGAGAGGAAAGCAGUUUCCAGACUUUGUGCCUGUGGAUGUCAAUACAGACACCAUUCCAUUUAAAGAUAAAAUCAGAGAAAAGCAAAGGCAGAAACUAUUGGAGCAACAAAGAAAAGAGAAAACUGAAAAUGAAGGGAGAAGAAAAUUCAUAAAAAAUAAAGCCUGGUCAAAACAGAAGGCAAAAAAGGAAAAGAAGAAAAAAAUGAAUGAAAAAAGGAAAAGAGAAGAGGGUUCUGAUAUCAACGAUGAGGACAUGGAGGAACUUCUCAAUGACACCAGGCUCUUGAAAAAGUUUAAAAAAGGCAAAAUUACUGAAGAAGAAUUCGAGAAGAGGCUGUUGACAGGUGGCAAAAGAUCAGUCAAGACAGCAGGUUUAGGGAUCUCAGAUUCGGAAGAUGACGUCUGAUUCCCGUCCCCCCAGUGAAAUGCAGGAGGGCAAGGGACCUGUGAGCUGGCCCCGUGCGCUGCAGCAGCCAGUCCUUGUUUGCUCCUACUCGGCAUCAGAACCCCAGUGGCCAGCUCAAAGCUGCUGCUGCAGACUGGGGAGACAGGAGGGGUUUCAUGCUCAUGGAUAUUUUAUUAAAAACACACCAGCCUGGCAGAAGAAAAUGUAAAAUUACUUGAGUGUAAAUAACAGAUGUCAGUAUUUAUUUUGAUGGGUUACUUCAAGAGCUCAUUUACUUGGGGCUAUUUUAUGCUUAUUUUUUAACAUAAAGAUCAUGCAGUAGACUUGACUUUAGGUCUUUUAAAGUUCCUCAGUGUUUUUAGACACCUGACCUCCCUAGGUGUCCUCACCCCCUGGAUGUCAGUUCUCUUGGGAUGUCCUACACAGAGCCCCUGCACAGUCUCUAGUAUUGUUUUGUUGGUGAGUAUCUGAAAAACAGGAAGUCAUUCUGGGAAAGAAAACUCUUACGCCUUCUGCUGAAUAAACUGUAUUUCCUCCUCAUUAA